AAUAGAUUUGGAAAAAAAUAUCAAUAUAGUAAUUUUUUCACUUCUCAAAAUAAAGAAAAAAUAAAAGAAAAGCUGAAAGAAACUCUUUGUCAAGAUUGCAAUAAACUAAAAGAUAAUUGUAAAGGUGUAUUUAAAAAAUAUAACAAGAGUUUAUCUCUUAUUGAAAAUAUAGUAAAACUUCAAAAAGAA